AUGCCUCCACACCAGCCCCACCCAGCAACAUGCCUCCACCCCCACCCAGCCAACAUGCCUCCCACCACCCCACCCAGCAACAUGCUCCACCCCCACCCAGCCAAAUGCCUCCACACAGCCCACCCAGCCAACAUCUCCACCACGCCCCACCCAGCCAACAUGCCUCCACCACAAUCCCCUAAUCUGAGAACGGAAGUGGGUGAGCCAGCCAGCCACACCCAGCGCCAGUACAGUCAGCCCAGCAGCAGACACCCCAGCACAGCCAGCCGCGCACAUAAUCCACGAUCCCGCCCCACCACAGCCAGGCCGAGCCAGCCUUCGCCCACAUCCGCAGGCCACGAGCCACCCGCCUAUCCUACCCAGCGCCGCGAGCCAGGCCCUUCCACACCCAGGCCAAGCAUGAGCCAGACCCGCCCAUAA